UUGGUGCUCACUCCGCUUGAACUGUGUUAGCACAAACUUGUGAGCACCAAAUCCCCUCUCUCUAGGAGGAGCAUAUCCCAAUUCCAUUUAAGAACUGCAUCAGGGGGGUCGGAUUCGGACCAAUUCAAAAAUUUUAAAGUUUUUGACAAAUAACAAAUACUCAAGCAGCUCAACCGAAGCCUGCCCUUGCUUUGUAUUGGAAAAUUUUCCUUACGCCUCUACUCUCUUGAGUCUCUGUCCACCACCGCACGGUACAUCACCAUCAGCAGUCUCCCCGCCGGUCACCGUGAGCCCCCACCAUCGGCUUCCCCUCUCUCUGUAGUCCCUUUCUCUUUUCUUCCGCUACGAAUUCGGUCAUCAACCACGUCUGGCAACAACAGUACAGUUAUCAGGUGUACUUGUUACUCCAUCAAAUGGACCAAGAAAGUCAAAAUCCUCCUCCAGGAUUGAGACACUUGAAUUUGAAGAAGUCAUUUAAGUUGGGCAUACGUUCUUUGCUCACAGCAUGUUCUAAGGAGGAUUUCUCCAAGGCAUUUUCGAUGUUCAACAAUGCUGAGCAAGAAGGUCUUCAUCGGCUAUUUCUUCAGGUCAUCACUUCAAUGCAUGAAAAUAUAGAGGAACAGUUCGAGUCUAUAUGUCGUGAGACAGAGGUGGGCACCAUUCUUGAUAUAGUAGAGCAAUUUGUCGAAGAACAAACCCUUGACACUUUAUCUACAGAUAAGACAAAUAUAGAUGUUGUCGAACAAGAGCUGUCAAGGGCAAAGAAGGAUGAGAUCCAGUAUUUGACUAGCAUGCUGGACACAGCUAUGGAACAUAAUCGCCUCAUCAAAGCUCGUAUUGAAUCCCUUAAGGAAAGACAAGACUUGUCAACUAUUGAAGAUACUGUUGGGAAGUUGAGAAGUUGGAAUUGCAACUAUGGCCAGAUAUAGCAAUAGGCUGAACGAAUGAUCGUAAUGUAUCAUAUAAACUUUCCAUUUAGAACAUCCAAUGCUAUGACAUCCUGCUGGUGUAUAUCUAUGCAGUUUAGUCUUUGUUUUAUUUUAUGAAUUUUAGUUAUUUGGUGUAUUUAUUUUGUACUAUGAUGUUCUGCACGUAAACUCGCAUAAACAUUUUUUUUGUCGAGUUCUAGUCAUUUUAGCAUGUAUUCACCUUUUUUUUAACUUUAGAGCGUUUGGCUCAGGCUAAAUUGGAAAUGGAUUAGAUUAAUAUUGAGGGACAAUUCUAUAA